UAGAUCCCCACAGCGCAUGCACCCCAAUCACAUAAAGCAAGUGCGUGUUGCAAAGCGAGCGGCGGCGAGACCUAACCAUGUUGUCGAGUCACCGUCGGCGCCCGCUUGCUGUGAUAUGGGUACUAGUCCUGCCUUAUGCAACAUUAAGCUCUAGCUCUACAGCUCAGGAAACACACAGUGCAUGUGUCUGGCGCGCUGACACGUCAAGUUGUGCAUGGAAUCUGCUAGCGCCUCUUGGUUCGCUCGCGAGCUCGGAACUUUCUCCUGGAGCUUUAAAUGAAGCCACAAGGUCCCUUAUUCGUGCCGCGCUGCUGCUCGAGGGCUGCGACGCCAGGGGGGUUGCCGGUGGCCGAUCGACCUGCGAAGCCACCGCGGACGGCGCAUGCACAUGGCGCUCAUUCGGCAGGAGUGACGCCGCCUCCCCAAUCUGGCCUCUGCUCUCCCAGCUGCUGCGCAGCACCAGCACCACUGCGACCAGCAGCAGUGAUGAGCGCUGUGUGCCCGCUUCCCUUGAGACUGUGAUUCAACCGUACCUCGACAUGACGGCGCCGGAGGCGUGCUAUGACAUCGCGGAUGUGCCUACCUGCUUCGCCGCGGCUCCCCGGUGCUUCUAUGAGGACCACGACUCCCACGGCCACUGCAUGCCGGACUGGCAGUUUGUUCGCAAGAGCUGGAGCUGGCCCGCUCCCCUGGCGGCCGCCGCCGAGCAAGUGUCGUUUCUGUGCAACCCCGAGAGCUACUGGCUAGACUCUCACGAGUCGCGCCCUGCCCGCCUCUCGGAGGCCGCCUGCCGCGCCACCGCUACUGCUGUCGCCACCGCCACAACCCCAGCCGGCCGCUUCUCACUCAACCCGACGCAGUGGGCCCGCAUGCUUGCGGCCGCAUCGUCUGCUGGUAUCAUAAACGUCACUGACGUGUUCCUCAUAACGCCGCCAGUGGCAGCCCCCUUUCCGCCGCCAGCACCACCAGCAGCGCCGCCGCGUAGUAACCCAGCGGCUGGCGCGGUGGUUCCUCAGCCGCCGCCGCUGCCACUGCCAGUCCCUGCGGUAUCCUCCUGCCCGCCGCCGCCCGUGUGCCCGGUCUGUGCGCUCGCGGCAGCCCCGUCCAGCGGCUCUGCUGACAGCGGCGGCCAGCAAAACCCGCAGGUUGUCGACAGCGGACUACCCCGGAACGGCUCGGAGGCCCCCUCUGCCACAGUGACGCUCGUGGCUCCCACGUGCCAGCUGCUGCUGAGCAGUUCGCAGUGCGCGCCCACCCUCAUGGGCCUGGCGGCGGCGGUGCUGGCAGCCGUGUCGCCACCCCAAUCAUCUACACCACCUGGCACAGCUCAACCGCCAUCUCAGCAGCAGUCACCCGCUGUGUCGCUGGCGGCGGCACGGGCCAUGCAUGGCUCCCUGUCGGCGCCUGGCAGGACUCUGCUCCUUGCCGCAUCCGAGGCUCUCACUUGUGCGUCAGGCGCGUCCUCCACCUCUGUCUCCGCCGCAGCCACUGCUACCGACAGCUGCAGCGACUCUGCACUCACUGCCUCGCCCGUGGCACAGGAGGCACUGGUGGCCAUGUUCGCACCCGCGUGUGCGGCCCUUGGAGAGCGCGCCUGCACCUCCCGCCCCGGCUGCGUACUGCAGGCGCAUGGUGACCACUUCGACUGCGUGCGCUCCGCCAGCUAUGCCGCCGACUACCUCCUACUGCCCCCUCCUGCCACCGCCGGGGCAUCCGCCGCCGCCGCCACCCAAACCGCCGUGGCAGGAAACAGCAGCGGUGCCGCGGCGCUCGCGGCGGCCGUGCAGAGCAUUGCACGCCAGUGUCGUGCCAGCCUGCCCACGUGCGGCCAGCAGCAGCUGCUGAACGCCACGCUCACACCUCAGAGCCUGGGUGUGUUUACGGCAGUGGCAACAGGGCGGUUGCCGGGUGUGACAGCAGGAGCCGGUGAGGGCACGUCAUCGCCUGCAGCAGCCCCGCAGCCCCGCAGCAGCGUGCCUGGCGGCUUGUCCGCCGAUGAAGGGCACAGCGAUGACCAUGAUCACGACCACGAGGAGGAUGGCCAUCACGAGGAAGAGGAGGAGGACAUGCAGCUGGUCAAGAGCCUGCGGAUUGCUGGCGUAUUUGUGGUCCUGGCAGCGGGAAUCUUGGGCUGCUGCCUGCCCUGGACAUUGAUGGGCUGGCUGCAGCUGCGGCCGCUGCUCCUGGCGUCCGUGCGCGCCGUGUCCGCGGGCUGCAUCCUGUCCCUGGCCCUGGUGCACGUGUCCAUGCACGCCGUCAGCGAGAUGGAGGGACUGGUGGGCGGCGAUGGUGGCGGCCAUGACGGCCACGACCACCGCCGCCGCCACCUGCGCUCCCGCUCGCUCCUUGCCUCGCAACUGCUCGUUGAGUUUGAAGAUUACGGUGGCGGUGGACACGAGGAGCACGAAGGCGGCGGCGGCGGCCGGCAUCACCACCCCUUCCCCAUUGGGAUGUGCGUGGUCGUCUUCGGGUUCCUCCUGAUGGCCAUGCUGGAAAACGUGGCGCACGCAAUUGCGGAGCGCCACUUUGCCAAGGUGGCCAAAGCCUCCGCGCCUCUCGCCCUUGCAUCAUCUGCUGCAGUGGUCACCGUAGCUGCAACGUCCGCUGCAAGCGGCAAGUAUGCCGGUGCAAACGCCGCCACCUGCACCAGCGGCACUUCUGCUGGAACAGCUGCAGUUGGGGCCUUCGAUGUGCGCCUCCAAGUGCUCACGCCACCUCAUCCGCAUCACACUGACGAAGACAGUGGAAGCCUCAAGUGCUGCAACGAGGAUAACACCCCCGCCGCCACCACAACAACGGCAUCGCCCACCUCAGGCGCGGUAGCAGCUACACCUACUGUCCGCCAAGCGCGGUCCGUGACCACCGCCUUCAUGUUUGAGCUCGGCUGCAUGGCACACAGCGUCAUCAUUGGGCUGGCCCUCGGGACAUCCACCACCGUCGCGGACUGCCGCGCGCUGCUUGUGGCGCUCAGUCUGCACCAGUUCUUCGAGGGUUUCUGCCUGGCCGCCGUGCUGCUGGGCGUGGGUGUGCGGCACUGGCGCAUGGCCGUCAUGGUGCUGUCGUACGCGAUCAUGUGCCCACUGGGCAUCGCGGUGGGGAUCGCAAUUGUCGACACCUACGAUGCCGAGAGUGUGACCUCCCGGGCCGUGACGGGAACCAUCAACGGCGUUUCUGGUGGCUUGUUGCUGUACCUGGCAGCCGGAAUGGUGAUAUCGGAUUUCGGGCCGCACAGCACGUGUGGUGCCAGCGGUGCGGGUAGUGGCACGAGCGGUGGGGAAGGCUGCCUUGUGGGCCGACCUUGGGCCGCGUGGGAGCGCGCGGUGCUGUUUGCUCUCCUGUUCGCGAGCACAGCAGCAUUCUCAGUGCUCGCGUUGUGGGCAUGAGUACAAGGGAAUGCGAGCGGUUCGGUACGGGGCAAAGGCCUAAGGAAGAGGUGGCGCUCCAAGCGCAUUGGACAUCCAGCGUGACACACUAGGUGCUAGAGGCACUCCAGCUGUGCUGUGCCCAGAGGACACCUGUGCGUAUGUGUGAAUUUGCGAAGGGGAUCCGACAUGGCAGCGAAUCGCUGACGAGCAUGCAGGAGGAAGAUGAGCCCAUAGAAAUGUGCCCAUGAGGCGCAUGACCCAUACGUAUGUGGUUGCAUGCAUGCAUGCAUGCAUGCAUACCGUACGGGGUGGGCUAAGUGCGUAAGUUGAAGCAUGGAUGGGGGUGUGUUGCAGAGGCUUGGACUGUCGCAAACCUAAGGGCCGAACGGGUCGAUGUGAAGCACAGUAGCCACCUUAACCAUAUGCUGGAUUUGCAACAGCUUGCUGUAAUGGGGUCCACCGCACCCACCACACCUAAAUGGGGUCCACCGCACCCAGGAGGAACUGCACAUGCAUGAUCAGUGUUGGUACCACUGGUGCGGAGCCCGUUGUAAUUGGGCACUAGCGGCAGCACCACCAGCAGAACCGAGGCCCUCUCGCCCCAGCCUCCAGGUGCAGAGAGUGCAUGUGCCUUGGGCGGUGCUGGUGUUUCACGGGUCCCGAGCUAUGCCUGCAGCUCGGGAAAAAACUGUUCGUUGGGGGUCCGGAGGCCGCAGAGGAUGUCGGCGCCCUGCGUCGAGUGUGACCUCAGACAAAGUCAGUCUGGGCUGACUGAGUGGAGGGCCGUAACCCACGGGACUGCCUGUACUGUUGCUGUGAUGUCAGUUCACCCUUGUAGACGACUUCAGGCCGAUGUGAGUUGGCGCGCGCCGUGUGUCGUUGGCUGGGACGCUGCUUAAAGGACAUGCGAAUGUAAGCGACAUGUGUGCGUGAGGUGCCCUAGCCUGCCGUUAGGCGCCGGUGACGAUAUGCAAGCUGGGUCUUUGAAAUAACGUGCAGAAGCACACGAGCUGACAGCUGGGCCGGGUGGGUUUUAGCAGCGGAAGUCGAGAAAUAAGAAUCCCA